CUGCACUACGGGACCCUGAUGGGCAGCAGAGCUUGUGUCCACAUGGCAGCAGCUGCCUGGGGCAGUGGGUUUCUCCACGCUCUGCUGCACACGGCCAGUACAUUUUCCCUGCCCCUCUGCCAGGGCAAUGCUGUCGACCAGUUCUUCUGUGAAAUCCCCAAAAUCCUCAAGCUCUCCUGCUCAGACUCAGACUCCGUCAGGGAAGUUGGGCUUAUUGUGGUUAGUGCUUUUGUUGUUUUUGUUUGCUUUGUUUCCAUCGUGCUGUCCUAUGUGCAGAUCUUCAGGGCCGUGCUGAGGAUCUCCUCUGAGCAGGGACGGCACAAAGCCUUCUCCACGUGCCUCCCUCACCUGGCCGUGGUCUCCCUGUUUGUCAGCACUGGCAUCUUUGCCUACCUGAAGCCCCCCUCCAUCUCCUCCCCAGUUCUCGAUCUGGUGGUGGCAGUGCUGUACUCAGUGGUUCCUCCAGUCGUUCAGGAUCAGGCCCAAGCUGUUGCAUGCCAAAAGGGCCCAUUACUCCAUGGUUCCAAAAGAAACAAGCUCAUUGUCCUGUUGUGA